UCCACACAAAACACGUCUCCCAGGGAAGCAACCGGUCUGAUGAGCUCGCUGGGCGUGCGGGCGUUCCCACCCCACCCUCCCGGUGCCCCGGCAGUCCUGUCCCACACUGAGGCCCCGACGGCAGUGCUGGGCCCGGGAUGCAGCCCAGGACUCCUCAGCCGGCAGCGGAGGCCUCUGGGAUGAGCCCGGGGGCCGGCAGUAUCUGGACCACCAGCAGGCCCGAGAUGGGUGUGUACUCCCUGGCGCUGCCCUCGGACCUGCAGCUGGACCGCCGGGGCACCGAAGGGCCGGAGGCCGAGAGGCUGCGUGCAGCUCGCGUCCAGGAGCAGGUCCGCGCUCGCCUCCUGCAGCUGGGUCAGCAGCCUUGGCAGAACGGGCCGGCCCAGCCCGACGGGGUGGCUGAGGCGGCCAGAGGCGCGUGCCGGGCUCAGUACCACACCUUGCAGGCCGGUUUCAGCUCCCGCUCCCAGGGCCGGAGCGGGGACACCUCGACCUUCCGGCCCAUCGCCAGGCCCGCCUGCAACCCUGUCUCCUGGUCCUCCCGCUCGGCCGUGGACGUGAGCUCCGGUCGAAGGCUGAGCUCAGCCCAGAGCGGAGGCAGUGCCCUUGGGGCCGCAGGGUAUAGGGGUGCCCGGCCCGCGGCGCCCCCGCCCACCCGGCCCACGUCCUUCCACGAGCGUGGCAGGGUGGGGAGCUGGGCGGAUCACGACACCUUGUCCCUGCGCUCGCUCAGGCUGGGGGCCGGGGGCCCGGAUGAAUGCUACAGAGUGGUGGAGGAGCCGCGGGAGCCGGCGGCCACCUCCGCCUACAGGGCCUUUGCCUCUGAGCGCCAGGCCGACUCCAGCUGUGGCCGGGCUGGGGGCCUGGACUGGCCGGAGGCUGCCGAGGGGCCGCCCAGCCGGACCAUCCGUGCCCCCGCCAUGCGGACCCUGCAGCGGUUCCAGAGCGGCCACCGCAGCCGUGUGGGGGCUGGGGGAGUGCCAGGGGGCGUCCUGGAGCCCGCUAUCCGGGCGCCAUCUGUGCGCAGCCUCAGCCUCAGCCUGGGCGACUCGGGCCACCUGCCGGACACGCGUGGGCUGGACAGCUACGGUGGCCACCGCACUGUGCAGAGGCUCAGCAGCGGCUUUGAUGACAUUGACCUGCCCUCGGCAGUCAAGUACCUCAUGGCCUCAGAUCCCAACCUGCAGGUGCUGGGAGCAGCCUACAUUCAGCACAAGUGCUACAGUGACACAGCAGCCAAGAAGCAGGCCCGCAGCCUGCAGGCGGUGGCUAGGCUGGUGAAGCUCUUCAACCACGCCAACCAGGAGGUGCAGCGCCACGCCACGGGCGCCAUGCGCAACCUUGUCUACGACAACGCGGACAACAAGCUGGCCCUGGUGGAGGAGAACGGCAUCUUCGAGCUGCUGCGGACGCUGCGCGAGCAGGACGACGAGCUGCGCAAGAACGUCACAGGGAUCCUGUGGAACCUGUCCUCCAGUGACCACCUGAAGGACCGCCUGGCCCGAGACACGCUGGAGCAGCUCACAGACCUGGUGCUGAGCCCCUUCUCAGGGGCCGGGGGAACGCCCCUCACCCAGCAGAACGCCUCGGAAGCGGAGAUCUUCUACAAUGCCACGGGCUUCCUCAGGAACCUCAGCUCGGCCUCCCAGGCCACUCGCCAGAAGAUGCGUGAGUGCCACGGGCUGGUGGACUCCCUGGUCACCUAUAUCAACCACGCCCUGGACGCGGGCAAGUGCGAGGACAAGAGCGUGGAGAACGCCGUGUGCGUGCUCAGGAACCUGUCCUACCGCCUGUACGACGAGAUGCCACCGUCGGCCCUGCAGCGGCUGGAGGGCCGAGGCCGCCGGGAUGCGGCAGGGGCGCCGCCAGGCGAGGCAGUGGGCUGUUUCACGCCGCAGAGCCGGCGGCUCCGAGAGCUGCCCCUCAUGGCCGACGCGCUCACCUUCGCCGAGGUGUCUAAGGACCCCAAGGGCCUGGAGUGGCUGUGGAGCCCCCAGGUGGUGGCGCUGUACAACCGGCUGCUGCAGCGCUGUGAGCUCAACCGGCACACGACGGAAGCGGCUGCCGGGGCGCUGCAGAACAUCACCGCAGGCGACCGCAGGUGGGCGGGCGUGCUGAGCCGGCUGGCUCUGGAGCAGGAGCGCAUCCUGAACCCGCUGCUGGACCGAGUUCGGACCGCUGACCACCACCAGCUGCGCUCACUGACCGGCCUCAUCCGAAACCUGGCUCGGAACGCCAGGAACAAGGACGAGCUGUCCACCAAGGUGGUGAGUCACCUGAUUGAGAAGCUGCCUGGCAGCCCGGGCGAGAACUCGCCCCCGGCCGACGUGCUGGUGAACAUCAUAGCCGUCCUCAACAACCUGGUGGUGGCCAGUCCCGUGGCCGCCCGAGACCUGCUCUACUUCGAUGGGCUGCGCAAGCUGUUCUUCAUCAAGAAGAAGCGGGACAGCCCUGACAAUGAGACGUCCUCCCGGGCAGCCUCCAGCCUCUUGGCCAACCUGUGGCAGUACAACAAGCUCCACCGAGACUUCCGGGCGAAGGGCUACCGAAAGGAAGACUUCCUGGGCCCGUAGGCGAAGCCUUCCUUGAAGGAGCGUGCGACGUGACCCACCUCCGAGGGAAGGGCUCAGCUCAGGGCUGCUCACCAGCCAGCCUGGAGGACGGGGUCGAUCACGGCCCAGGGGCUCUCACUGGAGCCCCGUCCACGUGCAACCUGAAGGCCUGGGCCACGGGGGAGGGGACAGGGGCUUGCGGCUGGGGAAUCGGCUUCUGCAGGGCAGGGGGUGGGGCAGGGCUUGAGGCUGCUCUGAUGCGUGGGGUGGUGGCCAGGUCACGCUGGCAGAGGUGGCACUGGCUGCGGCCCAGCAGCGCCUCGGGACAGCCAGCAGUGGGAAUAAAGGUGGCCGUGAACUCAGCA